CAGAACAAAGAGAUGGCGCCUUGUGGGGAAACAGAUGGAUAUCCUUUGUUCCGUGAAUGAAUCGGGUUGUGUUGACGGAAGCGUUUUUUUAUUACGGUGUUGUGCAUAAAGGAUUACGCAUCACGUCUCUUCAGUCCUCCAGGAAUAGUGCAGUCAUGUGUGGAUUACCAUACUUCCUUUGGCCGGAUAUUCUUUAUGAACCUGGUAUUGGACUUCUGUGGGACGAGGCUUCUCCGCAACGAGGUUUUUCUACGAGCGACCCAACGAUCCCUGCAUCGUAGUAUCUUCGGGACCAGGACGUUAAACGAACGCCACGGCCACGAUGGAACAUUCGGCGGGGGGCCCGCCUGUGAAACCCAAAGUUCUUGGACCUGACUCACCCGCACAGGCCUCUCCCCUGGCAUCGUUCUUUCGAGGCUUGAUGCCCUGCAGGACGCCUGUGGACAAGGCAGUCUACGUCCUCGUUUUCUUCGGCUGCGUUUUCUACGUCUUGUGUGAAAGUGGCGUCUUGAGGUUCAGGCACCUCCCGUCUUUCAGUUGCGACGAUACCCUCAUCCGGAAAGCGAAACUACCCGAGAUCGUUCCUACUUUAGUCCUCAUUCCGUUCGUCCUGAUCGUCCCCCCGAUAUUCUUAACGCUUCUGGAACUAAGAACUGUCGGCCUGAGCAUGGACCGCCCGUUCAAUGCCGGACGCGUCCUCCGACGCUACCUCUGCGGUCUCGUCGUCGUCGUCAUCGUGGUACAGGUGCUCAAGGAGGCUGUCCUCGAGAAAAGACCCCACUUCAUUGACGCGUGCCGUCCUGUGAGGCCCGGAGACCGUAACGGUACUCUCGUGUGUGACUAUUCGCGAAAGGGUGUCCUGGUGACGUCGUACGAGUGUACCGGAAAGAAGGGUCAUCGGGCCUUCACCUCCUUCCCGUCGGGCCACGCGUGCACGGCUACGUACAGCAGCCUUUUUGUUAUCGGUUAUCUGGAGAGGCGAGCUGUGAACCCGUGGACCAGGUACACGCUGAUGGUGUUGUGGAUGGGGUUGGGGACGUUUGUCAGUGUAUCCAGGAUAUGGGACCACAUGCACUACUGGUGGGACGUCGUCGUCGGGGCUGCCAUGGGUAGCGUCUUCGCGUUGGCCACGUUGACGUGGCCGGAAAGAUUGUGACCGUGUUUUCUUCUUGUUUUGUUUCGGGCGUUCAUUUCUCCUUCUGGUGUUGUGCGUGAGGCAUUGGUGCACGCCCAGAGACCCGCAGAGUAUCCAUUUGCAAAUAGGGUCAUAUGCACCUACCUGGUUGAGUUGUACAUACGAUGAAGUGAAUCGAGCGGAAAUUUAACACUUUGACUGAGCUGGCAACAUUAAGAGUCAUAUAUGAGACGAACUGUAGAAAUAUUACCUGUGUAUCCACAGUAAAGCAAAGUAUAGUGCCUUCCAAGAUGAAAGAAAUGCUCUCACUAUACAAGGGCAAUGGUCUUUCAAUGUCUAGAGAAGUGGACCAAGAUUUGCUUGUGUAACCUUUCAAGAACUUUUUCGAGCAUAUCUCUACAUGUUGAUGCAAAAAACAAGUACGUGGCAUGGCCUAUUUGAAUCGACUAACUGGAGUUGUGCAACCAAACCUAGCCAAGUAGCAACAAAGAUUCUGGCUCGGCGUGGGCAUUUUUGACGUACAUGAAGCUUUCUUGUGUAAUUGCUGUUGUAAAUAUGUUGCGUGAAUAACGCGCUAGCAGUGUUUGAAUGCUGUGUGUGGGUGCCUUCCGUGAAGUCGUGGUUGAUAUGUGAGCCUAAAAAUUAGGUUUCGCUCUGUGCCUAUUACAACCAGCGUGCCAUUCACAGUAAGGGACAGUACCUUUCGUGCUUCCUCGAUUCGAAGCUUUCUUCGAACGUAUUUGAAAACUGAGUUUCCGAGCGUCCCCACGUGUUCCAGUGCCAAAGAGAGGACCAAACACAUCACUUUUACGAGUUCCAGAUAUUAUGAUGUUACACGUUGAUAACCUGUUUACAUAACGUUCUUCCACGUUUUUACAAUAAAGUGUUUGUACAGGCA